CCCUGAGAACCCAAAGAUGAAAACUGCUUCAUCGGUAAAUCCAAGUAAUUCUUUAUCAGAUGAGAGACCAUUGUUGGGUGCUACCAAAGUUGACCAAUUAAUGCUUGUGAUUCAAGCUCGAAAGAAAGGUAUACAUGAUCAGAUCCCAAGGGCGUCCGAUGGCACCAUUUUAGAUAACGGUGCUGGUGUUCUUCCCCAAGAAACUGAACUUGUCGGUGGUAUAGAUAAACCAAAGAGCAAAGCUGCGAAAUUCCAUGAAUGUUCGUACUGCCAUAAACGAUUUACACAAUCUACACAUUUGGACGUUCAUGUCAGAUCGCACAUUGGUUAUAAACCAUUUGCUUGCAAUUAUUGUGGAAAGAGGUUUACACAAGGUGGUAACUUGCGUACUCAUGAGAGGCUUCACACUGGUGAGAAGCCUUAUGAGUGUAAGACAUGUGGGCGUCAGUUUAGCAGAAAGGGUAAUUUGCAAGCACAUGAACUGACGCAUGGUAAUCUGAAACCGUUUCAGUGUAAAUUGGAUGGUUGUAAUAAGUUAUUUACACAGUUGGGUAACUUGAAAGCUCAUCAAAACAGAUCACAUCUGAAGACGCUUAACGAAUUAACAAGAAAAUUGGCUGAGGUGGACCCAUCCGAUGAACAUAUCAAACCAGAGGAGCGUGAACUGUUGAAUUACUUUGCCGAUCUAUACAAGAACUCCAACAGAGGAAUAAAAGGUCGUGGUAAGAAGAGCUCUAGUGUCGGUUCAGCUCCAGGAUCUGCAAUAAUUCCAACUCAACAGAUGGCCCCUCAACAGGACAGAACAGUCCAGCAGCAAGGGCAAGCACCACAGCCACUGAAAACGUCUGUUGAAGGCCAAUACCUCGUUGGCACCCCUGGUGAAGCACGCUUCGAUGGGUUUAAUCCCGAUUAUCAAAUGUCUGGUUCAAAGAAGAUCGAAUUUAAGGACGUCAACUACCAACAAUAGUUGACUUGUACAACCAACAUUCUUACUUGUAACUUUUAUAUAAUGAAUUUUAAUGACAGCGUCAAUAUUUGUGUGU